ACAGCUUUCCAUACUCGAGCGAGAGUUCGUGUGGGCUUCUCCUACUUCAGUCUCCGCAAAAUCUGUGUCGAGUCACGAGGCGUCCGAGCGCUCUGGUCAGCUGACAAUCAACUGGCAGGAUGUCGAUUAAACGUCUGGCUGAUGAAGCUGGGGACACCUUGACAUUGUUGGAUGUAGAUGGUUUCCUCUUCGCCCCCGACCUGACUGAAGACGUCAUCAAAGGCCUCAAAAAGUUUCCUUUCCGGGAUGAUGACGUCAUGGUGUGUUCGUAUCCCAAAUCAGGUUGUCACUGGGUGUGGGAGAUACUUCGCAUGCUACAGGAAGGAACACUUGACGUGCCCCUACAAGAGAAGGAAGACCUAAUGAUGGAAUGGAAGACACCAGAGUUCAUGGACAAAUUCCCGUCCCCACGGGUUCUAAAUAACCACGUUCUACUGAAACAUCUAAACCCAGAGCUCUUUGAGAAGAAGAUCAAGAUCGUCAUGGUCAUCCGCAACCCCAAGGACGUUGCUGUAUCUUUUUAUCAUCACCACAAGAAGCUCGUGGAGUAUGAUUACAAGGGGAAGUUCGAAAAUUACGUACCACACUAUCUAGAGGGAAAGGUUGAUGGGUGUUGUGUUUUCGACUAUACACGGGAAUGGGAGAGGGAGGUCGCUGAUCACCCCGAACAUCCAAUACUUGUCCUCUCAUACGAGGACAUGAAAGAGGAUCUCGAGAGAGAGGUGAAGAAGAUCGGAAAGUUUCUUGGGAAGUCUUAUGAAGAAGCCUUCUACCAGAAGAUAGCUGACAAGUGCACGUUUAAGAAAAUGAGGGACAGAAAGGGUGCAGUCUAUUCAGAAUUGGGUGACAACAUAUUCUACAGAAAAGGUGAGGUCGGUGACUGGAAGAACUGGUUCACAGUAGCCCACAGUGAAAUGUGUGACCGGAUAUGUGAUGAGAAAAUGGCAGGCUCCAAAAUAAGCUUCCGGUAUACAUUAAACAACACGGAAACGAACAACAACAAUGCUGGGUCUUGAACAAAUUAAUCGUCAUCUCAGUGCCUGAUAAAUAAAGAGAGAAGAGCUUUAGCAAUUGUGACAAUUACAAUAUCCUUUGCAAAUGAGAAUUGUUGUGGUAGUUUUACUUGACAGAAAUAGUUUGUAAAUUUUACUUGAAUGUCACUGUCCACUCAGACAAUAAGAUGUUAGUAGACUUUUCCAAUCUGUUAGCAUUAAUAAUUUUCACUAGGUGGCAAGGGAUCAUUAGUAAUCAAAUAUACUUUCAUUGUCCCCUUCCUGAAUGAGAGAAAUACUAUUUGGCAUACAGCAACAACACACUGAUGAACACAAAGAAUUUUAAAGCUCGGUGGGAUUCGCACCUCCAACCACCUUAUUUGUAGGUCCCGAAGCUACCACCUGUCCUACGGAGACUGUUUGCUCACAAGUGUUAAUGUUCCUAGUCACCAAUAGCUUGGUUCAUUUGUAAAUAUUAAUGGUAAUGGUGUACAAAGUUCGCUGCACGUUUAGGUGGUAUAUGUGCUAUGCAAGUGCCCAUGAAUAUGAUUUGCACGUCUAAUUUCAAUAUAUAUUAUACAUCUCACCAAUAUUUGAUUUAUAGCCUGAUGAUAUGCACUUUAUUAAACAUGUUUAUACAAUCUUUACACAAUCUUGUGUUGAGUCCCUCAAGGAUCUGUUCUUGGUCCCAUCCUAUUCAUGCUCUCACACGAUCUCUCAGCAGCAUUGUCAGUAAGCACGAAAUUGAUCAACAUCGGUAUGCAGAAGACAAUCAACUGUAACCUGUUUUACACAAGAUUCGGCCGACAUAUAUAUGACAAGAAUUGAGAGCAGUGGAUGACAUCUCAGAAAGAAUUCAUCUCGAUCGGAUCCAAGCACCAACUUCAGCAUUGUACAGAGUUUCAUCAUCUUGAUAUCGACAAUACAUCAUCUGCCAGUCAGAGAGUAAACAACUUGGGUGUGGUUCUCGACCAACAACUUGCCAUGUUACAUGGGUGUGUCAGACAGCAAAUUAUCACCUCAGAAAUAUCGGAUAGCCAAGACAUUAUCUCACACGACCGUCAACUCUAAAGCUAGUUCUCUCUCUAGUUAUUUCCAGAAUAGACUUGCAACUGCCCCCUUGUGAAUGUCUCCAAAGAGCAGAUAUGGAGACUCCAGAAACUCAAGAAUCGUUAACAGAAAAGCUAAAUUCAACCACAUCACUCACACACUGAGAGAACUCCAAUGGCACCCUGCGGCAUAUCGCACUGAGUACAUGAUCGUUCUUGGUGCCUACAAAUGUUUCAACAACAUUGCCCCAAAAUAUCUCCCUGAACGUACCACACUACUCUCCACACAAAACUCUCCGAUCGCAACAACGAAAACUAUUUUCUAUUCUAUGGAGCUCUCUUCCAGAUAAUGUGAAAUUGUCUCCUUCAAUUCCUGCUCAUAAAACCCAUCUUUUUAACAAAAGCUAUUAAUGCUAAGCGUACCGAACACAAAGUUUUGUGCUCUUAUAAUGCACUAUAUAAAUACAAGCAUUAUUUUAUUAUUAUUACUUAAAGGUGUUUGGAUCAUGGGAAUUUUUUGCUUACAGGUGUUGUUUAGGCUAUGACGCGAUAGCCCAUUUCUGUUUAGACCCUAAACGUGUUUAGAUAGAACACACCAACUGUGCAUACCGUUUAGGAUUGAAACUAUUCCUGAACAUGUGUUGUAUGUGUUCACAUUCUCAACACAUUUUUACAGUGUGGUUUAAGUAGUGAAUGAUACUAAUUUAAUACGUGAUAUUUACUAAUCUUCAGCAUCUUCGUGCAAUCUACCAGUCAUGAGAGUAAAUUCGCUGUUUACUAAUCUUCUGGCCGCUGUGAUAAAUAAAGUUAGAAGAAUUCUCGAGACGUUUUUACUCAGAGGUGCACCUGUUCAAAGUUGUAUUAAAAUAACUAAUCACCGUCAUUUUUAAGCGAAACUUUUCAUCAGACAAGCAUAUACUGGCUGAAAAAAAGUUAAAUAUUAAUAAUAAUAAUAAUAAUAAUAAUAAUAAUAAUAAUAAUAGUUCUUUAAAGGGAACCAAGAGCUGAGGAGAAUAAUGUGAUGAUUAUAGGUGAUGGUGUCUAAAAAUCAAGCAAACAAGAAAUGAUUAUUCGAUUUGAAGUAUCUGAUUUAAGAAAUAAACGUCGAGUAAGACAAUGAAACGUACAAUAAAACCGUGAAGGGAGAAUCAACCAUGAGGAACGCAGGCCUGAGUUUUUUUCUUGUUGUGUUUUAUUGUACGAUAAACAACGACCAAGACUCGUUUAUUUCUUACAUGAGAUACUAACACUAUCUACAACCUCUUUAAACAUAUUAACCCGUUUUUAAAUAUUGAUGACUCCCAGAAUAGAAUCCGACCUCGGCAAUAUCGGACAAGUUCAUUUUAAGAACGGGGGUUAAAUUUGAUAUUCUCACAAUUAGCACGUCGAUUAUCUGUACGUUUUCUCCCAAUAUUUUCACGGGUUGUAUUAGCUCGCAUGUAUAUUAUUUGCAGACUGCUGUCAUAUAGCUGGAAUAUUGCUGAGUGCGGCGUCAAACAAACAAACAAACCAAGCAUGCUGAUACAGAUUAUGUAGUAAAGGUGAUUUGCUGUAACCCUUUGAACUACGUGUUUUUUUAUUAUACUUGUUGUUUCGACACAUUUUGGAAAAUAUUCUUGUUUUCAUACUACGUUGUACACGUUGGAUGCUAUUGUUAUUUCGUUACUGCUUAAUAUAAUACAUGUUGGAAGUAUUGUUAUUUUAAUACGACUUUGUAGAUGUUGGAAACUAUUGUUACAUGAAUGCUACAUUGUAUAGUGUUGGAAACUAUUGGUAUAUAGUUACUACAUUGUACAUGUUGGAAACUAUUGUUACAUGGAUGCUACGUUGUACAUGUUGAAAACUAUUGGUAUACCUAUGCUGCAUUGUACAAGUUUGAAACUAUUGGUAUAUCGAUACUACAUUGUACAUGUUGGAAACUAUUGGUAUAUCGAUACUUCAUUGUACAUGUUGGACACUAUUGGUAUAUCGAUACUACAUUGUACAUGUUGGACACUAUUGGUAUACUAUGCUACAUUGUACAUGUUGGAAACUAUUCGUAUAUUGAUGCUACAUGUUAUGAUGUUGGAAUGUUGGAUUAUAUUGUUACGGAAAUUGUACCCAUUAGCGUUCAAUAAAUCGAAACAUUUAUGACUACCCAUUAUAUGUAUGGACUCCAUAUCA